UUAUAUUCAUUUAGCACUGAAAAAAAUAAGAGGGACAGAAACGACUCUGAUAUUUUGGACUUGUGCCAUCCGGCGUGUUUAAGGUGUCCAAAAAUCCGUGGAGGCGACGCGGCGGGCUAUUGCUAAAUCCGCCGGUUUUGUAAUUUGAGGGGCGUCGUCCACAAAUUUGAUUCAAAUUGUCUGACCCGGGUGUGCGACACGAGAACGUUGAGGGGGACGAUUUUUUGGCACGUGCCGUGACACAAAUAAACGUUAAUUGUAUUAAUAAGCCCCGAUUGUGCGCCCUGAAACGGCAUCCGUCGCUGUUUUUGCAACGUUUCCGCCCCAGGUGACGGAAGGACGGACGGACUUUCGCGAGUUCUCGACUUCUUGAGGGUUCUCGCGAAUCCAGCGGCACAUGCUGAGUGGAAUUCUGCUGAAAUCCGAUCACCGCACCACUGGCGAAUGUCCAUCGAGAUAAAAGGACAUGAUGGUGUAAAGUGCAGCAGAAAAGGUUUUUGUAACGCCGUUCUGGGGUAAAUUUUACAAAAUGCUGUCCGUGAAGCACCCCAACGGAGUGGAACUGGGCGCCUCGUUGAGGAGUUUGGAGACGAACACAGCAUCAACGAUAGAGCUAACUGGUUACAAUUCAUCAAAAUCAAUCGAAGCAGGAGAAGAUGAUGACAUUUCAUUUGUUAAACAACACCCAACUUCCGAUUUAGAAGCGUUUUUGCAUGUUGUAAAGAGCAGUUUGGGCACUGGAGUUCUAGCCAUAGCAGAUGGUUUCAAACAUGCAGGAAUGGUUAUUGGUCUCCUUGGCACCAUCAUCGUCGGAGUCCUUUGUGCGCAUUGUACUUAUAUUAUGGUUAAUUGUUCUCAAGGGAUGUGUGAAUUGUUAAAUAAGCCAUUUUUAGGUUAUACAGAGACUGUUGAGACUUCACUCCUAUAUUGUGCGAAUAAAAGAUUUAGCCAUUAUGCUGGAUUUGUUAAGAAAAUAGCAGAAGGAUUUAUGUUUUUUACAUAUUAUGGGGUUAACACUGUGUACAUAUUGCUUGUCGCAGAGACACUUAGUGAAAUAAUGGAACACCACUACCAGCUACAUUUCAACAUCAGGGUUUACAUAUUAAUGACUGCUGUUCCGGUUUUUCUAGUUGGAAUUGUCAGAAAUAUGAAGUACCUUGUGCCAUUUUCAGCAGUAGCAAACGUUCUGCUUUUCACUGGUUUAUGUCUGACAUUUUAUUUCCUAUUUCAAGACUUGCCUGAAGUCUCGAGCAGGCCAAAUUUUGCACCAAUUAGUAAGCUGCCCUUGUUCUUUUCAACAGUGCUGUUCGGAAUGGAAGGCAUCGGCACAAUGCUGCCGAUUGAAAACUCAAUGAAAAAGCCACAACAUUUCUUGGGGUGUCCAGGGGUGCUGACUGUGGCCAUGUCCGUUGUAGUAACCAUGUUUAUGAUGGUUGGAUUCUUUGGAUUCCUUAAAUAUGGCGAUGAUGCUAAAGGAAGCAUAACCCUCAAUCUGCCAGAAGAUGGAUUGGCAGAGGCAGUUAAGGCUUUAGUGGCGCUUGCAAAUCUUUUUUCAUAUGGACUGCAGUUAACCGCAUCCAUGGAUGUUGUCUGGAAAAGAGUCGAAUGUAGGUUUCCAGAAGAGAGCCAAGGCAAAGCGUACUACAUCGUCCGCACCUUGAUGAUAUUCGGGACUAUUCUAUUGGCAAUAGCUGUUCCAAAUCUUGCUCCUGUCAUCUCGCUUAUUGGCGCAGUUGGUUUUUCAAUGUGCGGCUUCUUCUUCCCGGCCCUAGUCGAAACUAUAAUGCUCUGGGAAGCUGGAUUUGGCCGAUUUCACUGGAAGCUCUGGAAAAACAUCAUGCUCGUACUAGUCACCAUCGUAGCAGUCAUCUCCGGGAGUUUCACCUCAAUAAUAGACAUAAUAGACCAAUAUUCAUAACCAUCGUUGUUCCCUUUUAAACCAAUUGCACUGUAUAAUACAAUAGUUUGUAUUAUUUACAAAUUAUGGAUAUUUAGAUAGUUCUGUUCAAAGAACAAUUAUAAUUAUUGAUAACUUUGUUAUUUUGUAAAUAAAAUUUAUUUACUUGUAAGACGUUUGUUAAAUUAAAUAAUAAAGUUAUAAGAAUGUUAUAUAAAUAUCAGUAUUAAAGUUUAUACAGCCA